GUCCUGAGGUCAUAGAGUUCAGAAUAAACCUUAGAUCUGAGUCAUUUUGCAUCAAGCAGCCAGUUUGCUUUAUACAAAUAUGCACUUCCCUCUCACCAGCUUUUGGGAAUAGCUUAAUGGUCCAGAGGUGGAUCCAUUCCAGUUAAAGUAAGCCAAGAUUUUGGGGGUGGGGAAGGUGGAGGGAGAGGAAACAAUAAGACUUUAGUCUGAGCAAAUGCUCAUGUGAAUUGGGAAAGGAAGACUGAGGAAUUUUUGAUGCCCAGCAAGAACCUAAAGGGGAGUGGUUUCCUGCAGACUUCUCACAGUUCUGCUGAUCACAUCUGGAAAGGAUCUGACUUGGGAAAGGGGGAAAGUGUUCGGCGCUUCGAGUGUGUAAUUGACAUGGCAUGAGCAAGCGGAGCCUUUGGGGGGGCAACAAGAGAAACGCUUUUCUCCAGACACUCAUCACUACCAGCUAAACAGAGUGGAAAUGUACUUAAAGUUCGGGUCCCUGUUCCCUGUGCUAUGGCUCCUGGCACUUAGCUCCAGCAGGAUUCAAGCUCGGAAGAAUGCAGACAGCAAUGAGUUCCCAGAAGAUUCAUCGGAACUAAUCGACCCAGAACGUAAUUCUUUGGCUCCUGAUUGUCCUAAAAAAUGCACUUGCAAUCCAGAAGGAAUUGUGGAUUGUGGAGGGUUUUCACUGAAAGAAUUUCCCAUAGAUGUACCAGAACUGACAAGCCACCUUUCCUUACAGAACAAUCAGAUAGAAGAAAUCUUUCCAGAGGAGCUGGCACGUCUUUACAGGCUAGAAACACUCAACUUGCAAAAUAAUAGACUCACUUCCAAAGGACUUCCAGAAGAAGUGUUUGACCAGCUGGAGAACUUGAAUUACCUGUAUCUUGCCAAUAAUCAGCUCACGGCGGCUCCGAAAUGCCUCCCGAGGACCUUGAUCAGUGCUGAUUUUGCAGCCAAUAAUCUCACUAAGAUUUAUGAGCUCACAUUCGGACAGAAGCCAAACCUGAGGUCAGUGUACCUUCACAACAAUAAACUGGAAGAUGCUGGGUUACCAGAAAGCAUGUUCAAUGGUUCUGAUAAUGUGGAAGUCUUGAUCAUGUCCAGCAAUUUCUUAAAAUACGUUCCAAAGAAUUUACCAUCAGCACUGUAUAAACUACAUCUAAAGAACAACAAAUUGGAGAAGAUUCCUAAAGGAGCAUUUAGUGAGCUUUCAGGACUUCGAGAGCUGUAUUUGCAGAACAACAAACUGACAAAUGAGGGCAUGGACAAUGAAACCUUUUGGAAACUUUCGAGCCUUGAGUACUUGGAUUUGUCCAGCAAUAACCUUUCCCAGAUCCCAAGUGGCUUACCUCGAAACAUCGUCCUUCUCCACCUAGAGAAGAAUGCAAUUAAGUCAAUAGGCAGGGAUGUCUUGACCCAGAUCAAGAACCUGGAAUACCUUCUGCUUCACAAUAACAAGUUGAAGGCCCGGGGGAUCCACCCUCAGGCUUUCCAUGGCCUGAAGAAGUUACACACAGUCCACUUGUACAACAACCAGCUGGAAAAGAUCCCCAGUGGGCUGCCCAGACGGGUUAAAACUCUUAUGAUUCUUCACAACCAGAUAUCGGAAAUUAACAGAAAUGAUUUUGCUACCACUUAUUUUAUGGAGGAGCUAAACCUUAGUUACAAUAAGAUCACCAGCUCACAAAUUCAUCGGGAGGCUUUCCGUAAGCUGAGGCUACUGAAAUCUUUGGAUCUUUCAGGCAAUAAUCUCCAUACCAUGCCUUACGGCUUCCCGAAGAACCUGCUAAGCCUGAAACUGAAAGUGAACGAGAUCAGCUCUAUUCCCAGGCGCACGUUAUCUGGGAUGUCAAAGCUGCAGGAGCUGUAUUUGAGCAACAACAAAUUGAAAGUCGGUUCAAUAUACAGUGGGUCGUGGCAGGAUCUCACCAGUCUCAAGAUAUUAGACAUAGCUGGCAAUCAGCUGACUUCUAUUCCAUCUGAUUUGCCAGAAUCUCUAGAGUAUCUGUACCUCCAGAACAACAAGAUUACCACAGUGCCAGAGGAUGCCUUUGAAUCCACACCCAACAUAAAGGGAAUUUAUCUCAGGUUUAACAAGAUUGCAUUCAAUGCAGUAAAAGAAAGCACAUUCCAGAGGCUGAAACAUCUACAGGUGUUGGACAUAGAAGGAAACUUUGAAUUCAGCGACCCUUUGAAGAAUAGGGACCAUUCAGAGGAGGAAAUGGAAGAGGAGGAGGAAGAGGAAGAACAGGAGGUCGAAGAAUAAUGAAGAUAAACUUCGAUUGAACCAAGUGUAUCACAUGGAACUCCUUCAGCAAAGCGGCAUGCAUCCCUGUGUUUAUGUAUCUAUAUAUAUCUGUAUCUCCAUAGAUAUACAGAGAGCAAACAGUGCAAUGAAUUUCAUGCAGGCGGUUGGCUCAUGUGAUGGUGCUUGGCCAGGCCAGCUGAAGAGAGUCUGCUCAUGUUGGGGGGAGACCCCCAAGUGCCACCCCAUGUCUUAUACUUCAUCUUGUCCAAGUACUUUCUGGAUCAUCAGGGAUUCUGGGGGAAUUUUCAAAAGCUGGCUUUUGUUCCCCUUCUUUCACUUCUCUCACAGUUUUCCUAUGCAAAUGAAAGCGAAACUGUUUAAAGCAAGUUCCCUCAAACAGUGUUUCUGUGUCACUGCAUUUCAGUGAACCACUGCACUCAGUGAUGGGAGAAGGGAGAGCAUCCCGUGUGGUUUUGUUUUGUAGAACAACCUGAAGCAUCUCAGAACCAUCAGAUGGCAAUAAGACUGACUUACCACACUGGACAUUUCUGUCCCCUUUUUUGGUUCAGUUCAGUAUGUAUAUUUGGAUUAAGAAAGAAAUCCUAUUACGGCUGGAUCCCAUAUAUAAUUUAUCCCCAUUCCCAAAGCCUGCAAUAUGCAUCCACCUUUAUGAAGGUUUAAAAUAUCAAAUUAUUAUGUUUUGUGAAAAUUAAAAUAUAUUUUUGCCUUUGA